AUGAGCGAAAAUUGUAUUACCUGUUCUAAUUGCAGUUAAUCAAUUCCAGAAUCUAAAAUUCUUCUUCAUGAAACUUAUUGCAUACGUUUCAAUAUUAAAUGUGAAAGAUGUGGUUACUUUUAUGAUAAAAAUGAUCCUGAUGCCCAUGAAGAGGAUUACCAUAAAAAAGAAAAAUGCUAGUAUUGUUACUUAGACUUUGAUGGUUAUCAUAUUGUUUUGAUUUCUUAGAUCUAUCUAAACAUAAAUGCUCCAAGACACCUAAAUAAUGUUUAUAUUGUGAUCUAAAUUAUACUGUAGAUUAAAUUGUUUAACAUGAAAAUUAAUGUGGAAGUAGAACUGAAAAAUGUGACAUUUGUUAAAAUUAUAUUAUGAAAAGAGAUUUAACUAAUCACUAUUAAAGUUGCUUUUAAAAAAUCGAUAAAAUUGAGUAACCUAUUUAAAAAAAACCAUCUAUAUAAGAUAUAUCAUAAAACGCAAAUAAUGACAUUAAUAUUCAAGAACAAUUAAGUAAUAAUCUUCAAAAGCAAUAAAAUCUUAAUUAAUUACAAUAGUAGAAUAAGAUAAAAAAAUAAAUUGCUUAAUUAGAAUCCUUAAAAACUAAAUUACCAUCUAAAGAGAUAAAUUUUGGAUAAAUUUAAGGAUAAAAGAUCUCUGGGCAUUAAAUAUCUUUAGAAAAUAAAUAAACCUAAAAAAUUGGAUUAGAUCAAUAAUUCAAGAAUAGACCUCCAUCAUCUCUAUCCUAAUAAGGGUAAAAACAUAAUAUUAUCUAUAAAAAAUCAUCUACCUCUUAAAAUAGAUCAAUAUAAUAGAUCAAUAAUAAUAAAAUUAAUCAAAAAUUAUUAAAACCAAGUGUUGUUAAUACUAAUUAAUAAAACAAACAAGAAAAAAAAAUAUAAGUUAAUAAUUAGAAAAAUUCAAAUUUACCUCCCUUAGCGAAAUAAGUUUAAAAUCCAUAAAAAAAUUUCGAAAAAAAAAAUAUAGUUUCAGAUAUAAGGGCAUAAAGUGUUUAGUCAAGAUUACAAGCUAAAAGAAGUAGUCAUAAUUUAGCAGUAAAAGAAUAAAUUGAAGUAGAAGGAUUCAAGUUUUCAGAUGGAGAAAUAAGACAAUAAUAAUUGAUAUUCGAACAAUUAAAAAAGUAAAAAAGUGAUUCUGUAAAUAUACAAUAACGAUAAGAGACAAAAUAAAAUUCUAUAUCUAAAGCAAAAGUAACAAGGCAGUCUUCAGAUGUUGAUGGUGACGAUGAUUUUGAGUAAUUUAUGAGUCCUGAAGAACGGGUUAUGCAACAAUAAAUAAUGGAUAGCUAUAAAUUGCAUUUGAAAAAAUAAUGA